ACCAUUUUAUGAAGUACAUACUAGAGCUACAGAUGAAUUAUUUUACAAAAGAGCAGUAGAUUUUCAUCAAAUUAAUGAUACUAGUUUUGUUUUCUCGGUUCCAUUUGAUGCAGGAGCACGUAACAAUAGCUUAGUAACUGCCAGUCAUGCAAUAUUUAUAGGAAAAGGAUCCAGAAAAGCACCUGUUGCAGUUGUUGGUCUGCACUUCCGACAUUCAGCUUUUGCAGAAAGAUUCUUCAAUAUCACUUCUCAAUGUGCAAUGCCAUUUUGUAAAUUUAAAUGUAGUGAUGAGAGACUGGAUUGCUAUCUCCUUGAUAAUAAUGGUUUUGUUGUAGUUUCGGAAAUUCAUGAGCACACAGGAAAAUUUUUUGGUGAAAUUGAUUUUACGAUAUUUGAUUCUUUAGUUGAUUAUGGAAUAUAUAAUAGAGUAACAGUGCAUGAUUAUCAAGCUAUUUGUAUAGAGAUUCAAGCUUCAUCUGGACCUACAGGAUUUUUACAAACGCCUUUUAGUGUUUUGAAAAAUGCAAUAUUAUGGUUCUGGGGGAAAAUAACAUUAUUUUUGGUGCAGUAUAAUUUAUAUUCCUUAUGGAUAGGAGAAUGGGUAGGUGCAACAGAUUAUUAUUACAAUGAUUAUGAUUAUGAAGAUGAAAGAUUAUUACCAAACAAAACUAAAGCAGAGCCAUGUACAAAAGUGAUUGAUUUAUAUGAAAUAAAAACGUUUCCAAAUUCUUUGAAAGGAAAAUUGUCACAAUGCCAUUCAUCUGGAUGUGAUAAAGAGUUCAUUGCUCAAUCUGUAGCUCGAACCAACUUAAUAUUAUUGGCAAUACGUAGUACAUGUGCUUGCGAGACAACAACUGUGACUUUAGAGCCAAGAAAAGAAGCACAGGACACAGAAGCUAAAUGUUAUAAAAUGAAAAAUGAUAAACUUAGAAGCAGACCACCAAGUUGCAUUAAUAAUCAUGCAGAGGAGAUUGAAAUCAAACAGUGUGGAAGAGGAUCAGUGCUCAGUGCUUCCAUUUAUUCCCAGUGUGGAAUCCUUUUACUCUUAAGAAUGCUUAAUAAAUAUUUGAUAUAAACACAAUAAGAAAAUAUUUUGCUGUGAUUGGACAGAA